AUGUCGUCGGAUAAUUCCACAGUCACCCUUCCCGCACCUGCUCCAAAUCAGAUCUAUGUCAAGAUAUCAGCCCUGCACGCCGGGUAUCUGACAUUGCCCGAGAGACUCUUCGUAACAGAUGCUGACCCCGACCGUCGCGCAACCGUACCGUCCCUCUCAUUCCUCAUCCAACAUCCCUCUACAACCAGUGCUUCCAAUCCCCACACAUUGGUUUUCGAUCUCGGCCUUAAACGUGACAUCAGCGGAUACCGAGAAGCUCAACAACACCACAUUGCGCAACGUCAACCCACGGCCGUAACCCCCGAUGCAGCGGACAGCCUACGCAAGGGAGGCCUGGAUCCAGAAGACAUCAACACCGUAGUCCUCAGCCACGUACACUGGGACCACGUCGGCACGCCCAGCGACUUUUCGAACGCGGAAUUCGUUGUAGGUAGUGGAACUACGCAUCUCCUCGCCCACGGCGACGGACCCUACUAUCCCGCUGAAAUCUUCAACGCCGACGAACUUCCUGCGUCUCGAACUUGCGAACUUCCACCCGUUCGCUCACAGGACCGACAUACCGCGUCUCCACAACAGACAAGUCAUGUCUGGGCGCCCUUGGCUGGGUUCCCUGCAGCAAUCGACUUCUUCGGCGACGGCUCGGUAUACCUCAUCGAUGCGCCUGGACAUUUGACUGGCCAUGUGAAUCUCCUUGCGCGAACGGGGCCAGGGAAAUGGGUGUAUCUUGGGGGUGACUGCUGUCAUGAUCCGAGGAUAUUGAGUGGAGAGAAGGGGAUCGCAAUGUAUGAUGAUGGAAAGGGGGGGUUGAGAAGUGUACAUGCUGAUAGCGAGAGUGCGGCGGAGACUGUGGCGAGAGCGGCUAGGUUACUCAAGGGUGGUAAUGUUAGGGAGGCUGGGGGCGGGGUGGUGGAUGUGGAGGUUGUGGUUGCGCAUGAUGGGGGGUGGGCGGAGAGGAAUGAAGGGAGAUUUUGGCCUGGGUAUUUGUGA